AUGCAACUCAAGUCUUUCGCCCCGUUUGUUAGCCUUGCUUUCUGGUCUGCGAUGCCCUCACCCGUUGUUUCAGCCCAUGACACGGAUGCCGCCGCCGCCAAAGUCAGGCUUGGCCAUGAGGGCGGGUCAGCGAUGCAGGUACCCCUGGCUACGGUUCCAGGCUGGUGGUUGAAAUACUGCUCGCUGCCUGACUGCAACCAAGCGAGCGGCGGCGUUUGCGGCGUACGCACUGGGCAACAGGCCAUUGGCUGUCAACAAUUCAAUAUACCAGCCGGCGUCGUUUCCCUCUUAUUCACCUCCGAUAUUCCUGGCCUUAGGGUCCGAGUCUUCACCGGCGACGACUGUACCGGCAACGCAAGAGAUUUCUGGCCUGUCAACCCAAUCGAUUGCCAGGAUUUCCACGACUGGCUGCCGUAUGGGGCCGAGUCGUUCAUGGUAUUCUAG